UUUACUUGAGGGGGAGGUGGCUUCACCUGAUGGGCUAUAAAUACGAUCACCAGACAAUACAUACCCCACCAUGUUCUAAUCAACCAUUCCUUUACAAUUAUUGACAAUGUAACCUUUCUUACUCUCAAGGUUUAUCACCAUCCACAAAGCCUGCAAGUUUCGUACUAACACUCCUUACCUUUGAUCCUCUCUUUGCCCAAUAACAGUGAUGGGGUUUUAUGUUGACAAACAUCCUCCCUGUAAAACACCAGCAACGGUUCAUAGAGUAGCCAUCCACAACCGUGUCAUCGGAACCAUAGUCACCUCAUGUCCAACACUAGCUGCCUCAUGGAUCAAAAGUCAUCUUCAAGCAAGCCGUCAUCACCAGAAAGUUGUUGGCCUCGACAUCGAAUGGCGUCCGAGUUUUACUCGUGGGGUUCAGAACCCAGUUGCCACCAUACAACUCUGCAUCAAACACUGUUGCCUCAUCUUCCAGCUCUACCGAGCACCGUGUAUCCCAAAAGCUCUUUACAAGGCCCUUUACAACCCAAACAUAACCUACACAGGGGUCAAAAUACGUGGCGACGCGAAGAAGCUCUUGGAAGAUUACGGGUUGCUGAUAGCGAAUUUUGCAGAUAUUGGUCAUAUGGCAGCUGAGGAGUUUGAUGAAAAAGGGUUCAAAAGAGCAGGGUUGAAGACUUUGGUGAAAAAUCUUAUAGGGGAAGAAAUGGACAAGCCAAAACAUGUUGCUUUAAGUAACUGGGAAGCCAAGGAACUCACUUGUGUGCAAGCGCACUAUGCUUGUGCUGAUGCUUAUUACUCUUAUAAGUUGGGGAAGGGACUCGUUUUCGGCAAGUUGUCAUCAUAACUCAUCAAGUAUUGUAGAUUAUUGGUAACUACUAGUAGAAUUUGGUUGAAUAUGUUUGCAUAUGUUGUACUAGUCUCUGUAAAUUUUACUGUUGUUGUUGUUGCUGUUCUGUUUUCUGGUGUACUUGGCACAGAUGCUAGAUGUGCAAUGCUUGCUGCUGUUUGUUAAAUGAAUAAUUGAGUUGGUACAUAAUGUUGUUUUUGUACCAGUUGAGUCUAUAGACAUCAUUAGCGCAUAAUCUGAUAAUCCAUGACAGUGAUUGUUUCCUUUCGAA